GGAGCCGCCCAUUGUGUCGUGGCGCCUGCGUCUCACUCGGGGCCUCGGGGGGAGGGGCGACCCGCGCGACCUGCCCCGUCGCCGCCAUGGACCUAGAUGCAGAAGGGAAGCCCAGAGAAGCUCUAGGUUCUAGAUGGCUGAACUAGGAUUUACAGCUGUGUCUAAUUAAACCUCCCCAGAUGCCUUCCUUGAUAAGUGUUGAUUCAGGGCUUACUGGAGAAGAGACUUUUCUUUCCUAAUCUACUAAGUAUAUUUUAUGUCUACCUCUUGGUUUCUACGAGAGAACCAGAGCAUUUGGUAGCUUGUUCUACUUGACAGAAAGAGCUGUGGGGUAAACUGUUUCCCUGAAAGGCAGAACAUUUGAAAUUUUAAGAAGACUGUAAGAGAAAAGGGGGAAGGCAGGGCUUGUUUGAUUGCUUCUGCGGCCUCAGCCCUGGCCCCUCCCUUCUUAGGCUGCAUCAUUACUCAGAAGCUUGACUGCCAUGUUGCACAGUACGCACCCUGUCACCCCUCCUCUCCACCUCCUCUGCUGGCCCAUCCGUUACUGGAGGGCCUAGCCCUUUCCUUUACACAUGGUUUUCCUGCAGAAUCUCACUCACUUUGUUCGUUCCAUUGAUCCCCUCUAGGCAGACCCCUCCGUGAGUCACAUCUCAGGGUUGGCUCUCCUCUUGAGCAUCAACCCCACAUUUCCAUUGCUGGAGGACAUCUCUAUCUUAAUGUUUUGUUUGUUUGUUUGUUUUUAUUUAUGAUAGUCACACAGAGAGAGAGAGAGAGAGAGAGAGAGGCAGAGACACAGGCAGAGGGAGAAGCAGGCUCCAUGCACCGGGCGCCUGAUGUGGGACUUGAUCCCGGGUCUCCAGGAUCGUGCCCUGGGCCAAAGGCAGGCGCCAGACUGCUGUGCCACCCAGGGAUCCCCCUAUCUUAAUGUUCUACCUCAAACUCCAAAUAACCAAAACUGAACAGUGUCCCCCCCCAGAGCUGUUCUGAUUCUCUGUUCCUCCAGUGAUAGCCAUUGUCUUCUAAAUCCAGGCUAGAGUUUGAGAGUCCUUCUUUAUAUUCCUUAGGUAAGUCCUUUUGUUUCCAGCUCUACAGUAGCUAGAACCAUCUCUUCUUCCCCAUUAGAACCCUUAUCAUCUCUAACCCUGGUGAUGACAGCCAGCCUACCAACUGAUGUCUCUGUCUAGCCUCUACUAACUAUUUUAAAGAUUUUUCACCACACUGUCUUGUGCGGCUUCUUUCUGUGCAGGACCUUUGAAUAUCUGUGAAGAAAUGACUAUUCUGCAUGGGGGCUUUUUGCUUGCCGAGCAGCUCUUCCACCCCAAAGCACUGACAGAACUGACAAAGUCUGACUGGGAACAUGUUGGGCAGCCCAUUGUGGAGGCCCUAAGGGAGAUCUCCUCCGCCUCAACAUGCUCCCAGCCCUUUGCCUGGAAGAAGAAAGCUCUGAUCAUCAUCUGGGCCAAGGUUCUUCAGCCCUACCCUGUCACCCCUUCAGACACUGACACUCGGUGGCAGGAAGAUGUGUUCUUCUCGGUAGGCAACAUGAUCCCUACCAUCAAUCACACGGUCCUUUUUGAGCUGCUGAAGUCUCUGGAAGCUUCUGGACUCUUUAUCCAGCUUCUGAUGGCCCUGCCCACCACCGUCUGCCGUGCAGAACUAGAGCGCUUUUUGGAGCACAUGUCUGUUGACACUUCUUCAAAGGAUGUGGCCUUUUUCCUCAGUGUCUGGUGGGAAAUGAUGAAGCACAAAGGCAAUCAGCAGGAUCCUCUGCUCUCCCAGUUUAGAACAAUGGCCCAUAAGUACUUGUCUUCUUCAGAUGAGUUUUCCCAUCCUCCAAAGAGGUUUAAGUCAGACCCAGAGGUGUGUCCCACUAUGCCCCUGUUGGCCAUGCUGCUCACUGGGCUAAAGCAAAUCCAAAAUAGAAUCCUGUGCCCAGGGAUGAAAUGCUGCGCAUUAGCCAACUUAGCGGACAUGCUAACAGUAUUUGCACUGAUGGAGGAUGACCCCCAGGAAGUGUCUGCAACUGUGUAUCUGGACAAACUGGCCACAGUGAUCUCCGUGUGGAAUUCGGACACCCAGAACCCGUAUCACCAACAGGCACUAGCAGAGAAGGUAAAGGAGGCAGAACGGGACGUCAGCCUGACCUCCCUGGCCAAGCUUCCAAGCGAGACGAUUUUCACUGGGUUUGAGUUCAUGUGUAGCCUCCUGCGGGAGUGGGGGAAGGAGCUGCAGACCAUGCUCAACAGCAGCCAGGGGACAAGUUAUGACAGUUACCGGCUGUGUGACAGCCUGACUUCCUUCAGCCAGAACUUGAAGCUCUACCUUGAUUCUACCAGCUUGUCUAAGGAGGAGCGGCAGGUGGUCUCGGAGCUAGCAGAGUGUGUUGAAGACUUCCUGAGGAAAACAAACAGGGUGCUGAAGAAUAAGGGCUUUGAGAAGGACAUCACCGCCUCGAUUGCCAUGGCCAUCAUUGAGCAGAAGAUGGACCGGCAUAUGGAAAUGUGCUACAUUUUUGCUUCUGAGAAGAAGUGGGCCUUCUCAGACCAGUGGCUAGCCUGCCUGGUUAAUAACUGGGCUCUCUUCCGAGAGCCAGACUUGGUGUUAAAGCUGCUGGAAACAGUGAUGGAAGUUACUGCGACAGACAGAGCCAUCCCUGAAUCUCAGAUCAAACAAGUGAUUGGCUUGAUCCUGGAAUGCUACGCAGACCUCUCGCUGCCAGAUAAAAAUAAAGUCCUCUCAGGCACCCUGCUUUCCUGGGGGCGGAAGGGUCUCUCUGAGAACCUGUUGGCUUACUUGGACGGGUUUCAGGAGGACCUCAAUACAACUUUUAACCAGCUUGCACAGAGUGCCUCUGAACAGGGCUUAGCUAAAGCAGUGGCUUCUGUGGCCCGCCUGAUAAUAUUGCACCCGGAGAUCACAGUGAAGAAAAUGUGCAGCAUGGCUGUGGUCAACCUUGGCACCCACAAAUUCCUGGCUCAGAUUCUCUCUGCCUUCCCUGCCCUUAGGUUCACGGAAGAGCAGGAUCCAAAUCCAUCUACUACCUUUGUGGUGUCAUGCCUCAAAGAAACUGUUUGGACAAAGUUCUCUACACCUAAGGAAGAAAAGCAAUUUUUGGAGCUCCUGGGCUGCCUGGUGAGUCCUGUGAAGCCCCAGGGUAUCCCGGUUGCUGCUCUUCUUGAGCCACAUGAGGUGCUAAAGGAGUUUGUCCUGCCUUUCUUGAUGCUCGAUGUCAAAGAGGUAGACCUCAGUUUGAAGAUUUUCCUCCAGACUCUUGAAGCAAAUGCAUGUUUAGAGGAAUACUGGCUCCAGACCUGUUCUCCAUUCCCCCUCAUCUUCAGUUUGUGCCAGCUCCUGGACUGCUUCAGCAAAUACUGGCAGCUCCCCAAGGAGAAACGGUGCCUCUUGUUGGAUGGGAAGGAUCUGGUGGUCCAUAUCCUGGAGAUCCUCUGUGAGAUCGUACUGGCUAAUGCUGAGACCUUUUCCCCAGACACCUGGAUCAAGUCCCUGUCUUGGCUCCACCGGAAGUUGGAGCAGCUCGACUGGACAGUGCGCCUGAGGAUGAAGAACCUCUUUGAGGGCCACUUCAAGUGUGAGGUGCCAGCCACGCUUUUUGAGAUCUGCAAGCUUUCUGAGGAUGAAUGGACCUCCCAGGCCCACCCUGGGUAUGGGCCAGGCACAGGGCUUCUUGCCUGGAUGGAGUGCUGCUACAUUUCCAGCAGCAUCUCUGAGCAGAUGCUGUCCCUCUUGGUGGUAGAUGUGGGCAACCCCGAGGAGGUCAGAUUGUUCAGCAAGGGCUUUCUGGUGGCCCUGGUACAAGUCAUGCCUUGGUGCAGCUCCCAAGAGUGGCAGUACCUUUACCAGCUGACCAGGAGACUGUUGGAGAAACAACUCCUACAUGUCCCUUAUAGCCUGGAAUAUAUUCAGUUUGUUCCUCUGCUCAACCUGAAGCCCUUUGCCCCGGAGCUCCAGCUAUCUGUACUCUUGCUGAGAGUUUUCCAGUUUCUCUGCAGCCAGAGUUGUCGUAACUGGCUUCCUAUGGAAGGCUGGAGCCAUGUAGUCAGGCUUCUCUGUAACAGUCUGACCAAUCUCUUGGACUCCGUUAGGAUGAUACAGUCAGUUGGCCCUUGGGCUCAAGGACAAGAACAGGACCUGACCCAGGAAACCCUGUUUUUUUAUACCCAGGUAUUCUGUCACGUUCUGCACAUCAUGGCCAUGCUCCCCCACGAGGUGUGCGAGCCACUAUAUGUCUUGGCCUUGGAAAUCCUCACCUGCUAUGAAACCCUAAGCAAGGCUAAUCCUUCUAGUAGUUCCCUGCUCCAGAAGGUAAAUGAGCAGCGCUUCUUAAAGUCCAUCGCUGAGAACAUUAGCCCUGAGGAACGGCGCCAAACCCUGCUGCAGAAGAUCAGCAACUUCUGACCUUUGUAGACCAGAAAACAGCUGGGCCUUGCCUUGGUGGGGGGCUCUAGGGGCUCGAGCUGAGAAACACAAGCUUUUCGGUGAUGUGAAAUUGUACACAAGCAAAAGUAUAUGGCAGUAACUGUAAAGAAAAUAGUUUCUUAGGUUGUAACAUACAAAUUAUUAAAUUCACUUUUGAUUUUGA